GAAAUGUUGAUCAACAGUGAAGAGCUGCAGGAGGAAGACAUCAUUUGUCAUCUAAGCCUAAACCUUUCAAAGCUCCGAGCAUCACUUUUAUUUGCUGGGACCUAGACGCAGAGCCCAAUCCUUCUAGCUGUUGUUGAUCACUGACUUCCUUUCAAUGGACGGUGUCUACUUCUCUUCGAUGGCGGCGGCCGCCUCAGCAGCUUCCGACUGCAUCACUCGCAGUGCUUUCGUAGCAGCCACACGGCAUUUUUUGAAAAACCAUGAGCAUCAGCUGCACACCCAGCAGCCUGAUCGACCUUAUCACUCCAGUCCACAGACGCAGAGCAGCUCCUGUGGUGGUGGAGGGUCUGGCAUGUUUGGAGCGGGCGUCGUAUUAAGCCGCCGACGGAGAGGGAUGCAAUGCCGUGCAUCGAGCGGAAGGGAGGCCAGUUCACUGGAUCAAAGUAGCAAAGCAUUGGUGCCUGGGCCAAUGUCAUUCGGACUAUUGCGGUUAAAUUGCGGGGUUGCGGCGCUAGGUGUUGCGACCAUCGGAAGAUCGAAGUUAGAUGUGACUCGGGGGAAGGGACGGUCUAGCAGCUCUCGCCGGGAGUGGGAGAGGUCUGAAGACCGGGAGCCCCAUAUCCUGGAAAGGCUGCUGGCACCGUUCAGGGAUCGGGGACGUUUCUGGACCAACGUGUUCCUAGCAGCGAAUAUUGUUGUCUUCAUGGGCCAGCUGGCCUUGGGGAGCGAUCGUGUCGUGAUGUGGGGCGCAAAAGUGAACGAGUUCAUAGACCAGGGACAAUACUGGCGCUUCAUCACGGCAAAUUUCCUUCAUUCUGGAGUCAGCCAUCUGCUGAUGAACUGUUACUCGUUGAACAACGUUGGCCCAUCCUGGGAGCGCAUUGCUGGGGCGCCCCGCUUCCUGACUGUGUAUGCAGCGGCCAGCCUGGCCACUGUGCUGGCCAGCUACAGUUUCACCCCGCAGCCGUCCGUGGGGGCAUCGGGGGCCAUCUUUGGACUGGUGGGGGCCCUGACCGUGUUCUCCUACCGGUACAUGCGCCUCUUUCGGAGCGGGGAAGGCCGCGAGCUCUUCAACUCGCUCGUGCGCACUGUCGCUGUCAACGCCCUCCUUGGGGUGGCCAUCCAGCGCUGGGACAACUGGGGCCAUGCAGGAGGUUUCCUCGGCGGAGCAGCUGCAGCCUGGAUCCUGGGGCCUUCGUAUGAGGUGAACUACUAUGCGGGUUUGAUGGUAGACCGGCCACCCUUAAGAAGGCUACUGGAUCAAUUUGAUAAAAGCAACGGGAAGAAAGAUACGCCGCUGUGAUAACAAAUAUCUUUAGCAGUAGGUCUUGUAUAAUAUCGCAAAUGUUGCCUCAAGCUGAGGCAGGCAAAUAGUACCGAUCAGCAGCUUGCAAUACUGCAGUCCCUUUAUGUAGAGGUGAUCAACAGAAUUGAAGCCACUACUGAAAGACGUUUACAGUUCUCUGAGGCUCGCUGGAAGAUACCUGGAAUAUGAAAGUGUACAUUGCAAGUACAAGUAAAGAGGGUCCCAUGCGCCUCAUGAGAUCAGUCACGCCU